CUUUGCAUGUGUGACUCCGUUUGUAUAUUGUGAGCGGGUGUCAUGGUUCUUAGCCUCUGCGGGACGUCGCGGGAUUAAGUCAUUAAUCGUAUGGCUAGUGUCACCCAGCCUCGGGGUCAAAAGUAAACUGUCGCGUAAUGCCAGCCUUUGAAGAUCGCAAAAGGCGUUUCCUGAUCCCAGGGCCCAAUCAGCCUCCUCGGAAGACGGAAACACAGAACAGAGUCUUCAUUUAUCCUCCCAUUCAAAAUAAAAGGAGAAGGCGUCCCAACGCAAGCGCAAGAAAGGCCACUCCUCGUUUUUGCGGCAAGCACUGAGGAUACAAAAUGGUUUAUUCAUUGCUUUGGCUACUGGUUAUUAUCCACUUCAAAAGUUUUGCAGCCAAUGCAUGGGUCGCAAAUAGCUUACUCAUGACAGGACCUAAGGCAUUUCUGAACUAUGCCACGAGCGUGCAGAUGGGCACACGGGACGGAAUUGAGGAGUGCAAACAUCAGUUCGCCUGGGAACGAUGGAACUGCCCUGACAGCGCCGUCCAGCUCAGGGGAAUGCGAAGCGCGACGAGAGAGACAUCUUUCGUCCAUGCCAUCAGUGCAGCAGGUGUCAUGUACACACUAACGCGAAACUGCAGUCUGGGCGACCUCGGGAAUUGUGGCUGCGAUGUCUCCAAGAAUGGAAAAAUGGGAGGUCGUGGCUGGCUGUGGGGUGGUUGUAGCGAUAACGUGGACUUUGGUGAGAGGAUUUCCAAACAGUAUGUGGAUACUCAAGAGACCGGACAAGACUCCAGGGCCGCCGUCAACCUCCACAACAACGAAGCCGGACGGAAGGCAGUGAAGGCCACGAUGAAGCGGAUCUGCAGAUGCCAUGGCAUGUCCGAGAGCUGCAGCGUCAAAACGUGCUGGACGCAGCUGUCCGACUUCAGGGACGUGGGCCUCUACCUCAAAGAGAAACACGACCGUGCUCAAAAACUAGAGAUGGACAAAAGGCGCAUGCGCGCGGCCAAUAACGCGGACAACCGAGGCGCCAUCGCGGACGCGUUCAAGGACAUUGCCCAGACGGAGCUCAUCUACCUGGAAGACUCACCAGACUACUGCAUGAAGAACGUCACCCUGGGGCUCCACGGCACCGAGGGCCGCGAGUGUCUGCAGCACGGGAACGGCCUUACCCAGUGGGAGCGCAGAAGCUGCCGCAGACUGUGCCACGACUGCGGGCUGAGAGUGGAGGAGCGGCGCACGGAGGUCGCCAGCAGCUGUAACUGUAAAUUCCAGUGGUGUUGUAAGGUGAACUGCGAGGACUGCUCUCAGGUCAUCGUCAAACACGUGUGCGCCAAGAGAGAGGGCGCACCCGCGCAGGGCUUCAGGAAGAGACACCGCGCACCCAAGGAGAGACAAUGAAUAAAGGGUUUUCUGUUAUGACCAGAGUAGGCCAAAAGAUUGCAUCUUCAAUUAUAUUAUACCGCACUUUCAUUUCGUCUUCAAUGUGUGUCUUUAAUGCCAUGCUAUUUAUGUAUUGUGUCCCUCUUUAUAUAAUAAAUCGUACUUUAUGCUAUUAUGUUUACACGUCUUUUAAGAGUAUUCCUCACUUUAGGGG